GGGGAAGCUUCACGGAUUAUACAACUGGCUCUACCUCAUGGUAGCUAUCUCCACGUGUCGCGCCGCCGCCGCCACGGCCUUCAGGGCCGUAAUAUUGGGCGCGCCGGCCUCCGGUAAGGGCACCGUGUCUUCCAGGAUCGUCGAGCAAUUCGGCGUCGCUCACAUCUCCAGCGGGGACAGGUUGCGCUUCCAUGUGUCCGCCGGCACCGAUCUGGGUAAGGAAGUCAAGAGGUAUAUGGACAGCGGCAGCUUCGUGCCAGACGACACGAUGAUAUCCUUGAUCAGCAAGGAGAUCGAAUCGGUGGAGGGUUCGAAUUGGCUGUUGGACGGGUUUCCGAGGACGUUGGCCCAGGCGGAGCAAUUGCAGAAGCUGCAUCCGAUCAGCGUCGUACUGAAUCUCGUGGUGCCGACCUCCGUUAUACUGGACAGAGUGCAGAACAGAUGGGUCCACCUACCCAGCGGUAGGGUCUACAACAUCGGCUUUAACGACCCACGAGUGCCGGGUAAGGAUGAUGUAACCGGCGAGCCGUUGAGCCAGAGGGAAGACGACAAGCCGGAAGUCGUGCAGAAGAGGCUGCAGGACUACGCGACCAAGACUGAACCCGUGGUACGAUUUUACCGCGAAAUUGGGAUACUGAAGGAAUUUCGCGGCAACACUACCAACGAAAUGUGGCCGUUCAUCAAGGAUUUCGUAGCGCAACAAUUCUAAUUUUUCUAUCGAAUUCUCCCGACGAAUCCAUUUAAGCAAAUUUUAUCGAAUUGUUCGAUACACAGCCUAUUUUACUAGGUCUAUUUCAAUUUCUGAUGCCUACAAAGAAUUCUUUUACAUUCUCAUGUAUAUUUAGAAGUUAUAUCAAUUUCGAUUUUUUAUCAAAGAACUUUUACAUGUUCUUGCAUCUAAGAAUGAAAAUAAGUAGAUCCGCUUGGAUUUAUCCGAGACCGAUUCGAUUCACACACCGUGUAUGAUCUCGUCGUAAUAAGCGCGAAUGCCUGGCGGCAACGACUGCGGUUACAACGACAGAAAGAAACACGUACUAGUAGUUUUGCGCGUACUUUGUUCGUGACGCGCGCUUUCUAUACGCACACACGCGCAUUAGGCUGUAAGGUACACGCCAAUAACGACCGACUCCGGUAUUGACAAUAAUAACACGUCUUCGGUAGAUAAUUCUGUGAGAUAAUCUGACGAGAUAUUGUAAUUUUUUCGCGGCUCGUCGCAAUUUAUUUUUCUGUUUGUUUAUGAGCGAGUGUUCGCACGACUAUUGCCGCUGCUUGGCCAAAGUUCGAAGUAUAUAGUACAAAGAAACGAUUAUCGUUCGCGUCGAUCCACGAGAAGUGUAUUUACGAACGUAAUCAUCGUACGUUUCCCCCACUUUAUUCCGUAUUAUUGCGUUAUAGAUGUAAGAGAGAUAUAACAACAAUGUUUGAUAUUGUGUACAUUUUCAACAGUAUGAGUACAAUAUAUACGCAUAUACAUAUGUAUAUAAAUAUAUAAUAUAUAUUAUAUAUUAUAUAUAUAUAUACACAUAUAUACAGGAUGAGAUACAUCCAAAAGGAUAUACCUAAAUAUUUCUGUUACCUCUGACAUGAUACGAAAAUACGGUUAAGUAUAAAGUUAUAUAGUUCGUAGGGACGGCUGUGGUAAUAGGGACAAAGAUACGCUUAAAAUUAUUGUUUUCGGGACUUCAAGGUCGUCGAAGUUCCUUCGAAUAUUUAGGUGUGUCCUCUAUUAGAUGUCUCAGCUUGUAUAUUUCAGACACUCGCAUUCCCCGCUAAUACGUCUUCGAGGCUAAAAUCACCUAGCACUCAGUAACAAUACAGUUACAAUAAAUAAAUAAAUAAAUUAGCGAUUUGUUACAUUUUCCUUUAAAUAAAUCAGACUUAAUAAA